AUGGGGAAGAGAAUUCAUGAGAAAGAGUGUUUAUUGUCUAGUGGAAAUGCUAAUAGUAGCCAUCAUACUCAUCCAGGACGAGUAUGGGGAAUUCUUCAUGUUAUAAAGUACCAUCAUUGGCGUCAGGUCAAGAGAAGGCUUUCACACAGAAGGCAUGGUAAUGGAAGACCUAAUGCAAGAUCUGAAGUUCCAGGAACUUCUGAUGAUUCUGGGCUUAACUCUAUGCCGGAACAUUGUACGCCAUAUGUAGAGUUAUCUAAUGAUGAAGAAGAGCUGGUACAGUCCUCUUCUCUAACCAAAAGUUCUCUCAGAUCCCGAUUAAGGUCAUUUCUCAGUGAAGAUACAUACAGAAGGAAAGGUCGACACAAGAGAAGCUCAACUUGCCCUGCAAAGUCACAAAUACAACUAGCUCAUGUUAAUUCUGUUCACAACAUGGAGGUUGACCCACUUAGUGAAUUGUUACUAACUGUUCAGAGCCCUGAACCAGUCCUACAAACCUUUCAGAACCAUCUUGCAGCCGGCACACUGGAUAUGUUGUCACCAGUUUUCUCUGGUAAACCAAUUUCCCACCAUGACAAAUGUGUAGAUUGUGGCACAAUGUUUUCUAGUGACAUUUUGAACCAUAACAAAAUUCAUAAGCACUUGACAUCUCCUAAUCAAGGUGGCCCAGAAGAGAAGUUGUUCAAUGCAAAGAUACUUACAACUGAUGCUGCACCCCACCUCUUCAGGGACUUUCUUGAUGCAUUGGAGGUUAUCAACACAAACAAGGACUUUCUGUUAGAAUAUAUACAGGAUCCAGGCUCUCCUUUGCCAUUUCACCCUCACAGUAAACAAUCUUUGAAUGCUAAUCUGAGACGAUCCAGAUCUCUUUCAUUUCCUGUAUCUGCCUCAUCAUCACAAAGGCAAGAUUCUGAUUCAGGCCAAAUCAUAAACCUAAUGAUGGAUGACUUGUUAAAUGCAGAAAAAGAAAAGACACCAGCUCAAAGUAACAUGCAAAAUAAAUCCAUGCAUGAGUCUUCAGAAGAUUCUCACCAACAGUCCAUACCAUCUGGUUCUUCACAUAAUUCUGAUCAAAUGGGUGAAAGAGGUUCUAAUUCUUCAUCAGUUUUACCUCGGGUUCCCAACAAUGCGAGAACUAGACACUUCAGGGAUCUUAGAAAGAAGAUGAGGCGCAUAAUUGAAGAGGGGAGAAAUGAAAGGCAUCGCAUUACCAUGGAUGCUAUAAUUGACAAAAUUCCUCGUGGAAAGAGGCUUACAAAAAAUGUGAAGAAGUUUAUUCAUGACAUGUCCAAAGACCCCACUACUAGUGGGGAAGGUGAAGACAAUGCAACAAGUGGUUCUCGGUGUCGUCUCUCUUCUAGGUCCUUCAACAAGCGUCAACGAUCACCCAUGAGGAAUUCUUCUCUAAAAGAAUCAGCUGGAAGAUAUUCUCAGUUGUACGAGACUUGCUUUAACAGUGAAGCCAAGUAUCCUAUGGAUGAAAACUCAAGAGUGAAAGAAGAAGAGAGAAAUUCUAUAUUUAAGACUCCAAAAUCUUUCAAAAGAUAUCUUUCAAUGCCUAAUUUGAAAUCUUACUUUCACAACAAUGAGGAGCCUUCUUUUCUUUUAUCCCCCCAGAACUCAAUGAAAAGAUAUGGAGAUAGAAACAUCAACCCAAAUGACAUUGAUCUUGUUCAUAGGAGGUUUGACCAAAGUGAUGGCUCCAAGAGUAAAAUAUUUCCAACUACACAUGCUGGUAACAAUCAAGAAACCAACUUGAAUGCUGACCAAAAGCAACUGCUUGUCAGGAGUGCUUCAAAAUCUGGAAUAGAUUUUAGCAUUGAGGAAAAGGAAGAUAAGAUCUUAGGAAUUGAUGAAUUAGAAAAGUUGAGAGACAAUGGACAAGACAUUGGAGCUGAAACAGACACAUACCCAGCGGAAGCGAACUCAGUCUUCUCUUCUGAUACCAGCUUUCUUGAUGUUUCAUUUGAUCUUGAGAACUUAGACAUACCCGAAGGUAUAUUUGGUCCUUUUGCACUUCAAUCUUUCAUUUUGUCAUCCCUAACUUCUAACUUAGCACGUUCCUGUGUCUGCAUGUUCCUAUUGCAUUAG